UUGCAGAGAGAGAGAGAGAGAGAGAGAGAGAGAAUGGAGAGUAGCAGUGAAGAAGAAGACGAUUUCCCAACCCACGAAUGCAUUACCCCUCAAUCCAAGAUCAACUCAAUCUAUCAAUCUCACACCGAAAGGGGAAUCCGGAAGCUUUGUUCCGAGCUUCUGGAUUUGAAAGAUGCAGUGGAAAACUUGUGUGGGAAUAUGCACUCGAAGUACUUGGCCUUUCUCAGGAUAUCGGAGGAGGUCAUAGAAAUGGAACACGAAUUGAUCGAUUUGCAAAAGCACAUAUCUGCUCAAGGAAUUCUUGUACAAGAUUUGAUGAGUGGUGUCUGCCGAGAAUUGGAAUUGUGGCAUGAAGCCAACAAUGAGAACUGUGAAGCUGAGCAAGACCUCUUGCAUAAUGAAGCAGAUCUCUUGCAUAAUGAAGCAGAGGAGCACAAGGCAACAUUUUUAGAGAGGAUUGACGUCCUCUUGGCUGAGCAUAAAAUUGAAGAAGCAAUAUCAGCUUUAGAUGCAGAAGAGAAAAGUCAUCUGGAGCUGAUCGAAUCUGGAGAUGAUUCAUCGACCGAAGUCUCCUCAUAUAAGGUUGCUUUCCUGAAACGGAAGGUGAUGCUUGCGGACCAGCUUUUUGAGAUUGCCGAGCAGCCAUCUGUUAGCAUGCUUGAGCUGAAGAAAGCUUUAUCUGGUUUACUUAGACUUGGGAGAGGUCCUUCUGCACACCAAUUCCUGCUGAAAGCAUAUGGAUCUCGUCUUCAGAAGGACAUCGAGGCUUUUCUUCCUUCAUGUUCUAUUUACUCUGAGACGUAUGCUGCAACUCUAUCCCAGCUUGUCUUCUCUACAAUCUUGCUGGCGGCAAAAGAAUCAACUGCGAUAUUCGGUGAUGUGCCUAUGUAUACCAAUAGGCUCGUGCAGUGGGCUGAGUGGGAACUGGAGUCUUUUGUACAUCUUGUGAAGGAAAAUAUGCCGUCUUCUGAGAGUGGUUCUGCUCUCCGUGCUGCAAGCAUCUGUGUUCAGGCCAGUCUCAGUCACUGCUCGAUGUUGGAAUCGCAAGGGCUUAAAUUUUCUAAGUUGCUCAUUGUGCUUUUGCAUCCAUAUGUUGAAGAGGUCCUAGAAAUGAAUUUCAGAAGAGCAAGAAAAAUCGUAGUAGAUUUAGCAGGAGAUGGUGAUGUGGUGCCCUUUUCACCUCAAUUCCAGUCACCACUUUCGGCUGCUCCAUCCAGUAUUAUGCUAACCAAUGGUGGACAAAAAUUCAUGUCCAUUGUUAGAGAUAUUUUAGAGCAGCUAACCCCAGUGACAAUGUCUCGUUUUGGAGGAACCAUCUUACAGAGGCUCUCUCAACUGUUUGAUAAAUACAUAGACACUUUGAUCAAAGCCCUUCCUGGUCCAUCUGAAGAUGAUAUCCUGGCAGAGCAGAAAGAGAACAUACAUUUCAGGGCUGAAACUGAUGCUCAACAGCUUGCACUUUUGGGAACCGCAUUUACUGUUGCGGAUGAACUGUUACCAAUGGUGGUAUCCAGGAUUUGUGGCCCACAAAGUGAAGGAAAAGAACCGGGAAGUGGGCCCACUGAAAAUACUAUAUCUAGCAAUCCUGUGGAACUUAAAGAUUGGAAGCGUCAACUCCAACACGCAUUGGAUAAAAUCCGGGAUCAUUUCUGUCGGCAGUAUGUUUUGAAUUUCAUCUACUCUAGAGAAGGCAAAACACGGUUAGAUGCACACAUGUAUUUAAAUGGAAAAGCAGAGGAUCUAUUCUGGGAUUCUGACCCACUACCUUCAUUGCCAUUCCAGGCAUUAUUUGCAAAGUUGCAGCAGUUAGCAAUUGUUGCUGGGCACGUGUUACUCGGGAAAGAAAAGAUACAGAAAAUAUUACUUUCCAGAGUAACAGAGACGGUUGUAAUGUGGUUAUCAGAUGAGCAGGAGUUCUGGGGUGUAUUUGAGGAUGACUCUGCUCGUCUUCAGCCAUUCGGGCUGCAGCAGUUGAUUCUCGAUAUGCAUUUCAUUGUUGAAAUUGCGGUUUUCGGGGGUUACCCAUCUAGGCAUGUGCACCAGAUUGUGUCAGCCAUAAUUGCACGUGCCAUUCGGACAUUCUCUGUGAGAGGUAUAGACCCACAAAGUGCCCUUCCUGAGGAUGAAUGGUUUGUUGACACUGCAAAGGCAGCGAUAAACAAGCUUUUGCUGAGAACAUCGGGGUCCGAGUCAUCUGAAAGCGAUGAGGACCACAUGGUCAUGCAUGACGAAAUCUCCGAUUCUGAUGACACCAUUUCUACCCUGUCAUCAGGGCACUCACAGUCAGCUGAAUCUUUUGCUUCCGCUAAUUGUGAAAACGAGAGCCCUGUCUACUUGACUGAUCCUGAGAGUUGAGAGAAUCAGACUACCAUGAGGAGUUAGUACGACGAUCCGAAGCACACAAGGUCACUGUAAUUGUUGGUAUGCAAACCAUCCAAAUCAUGGACCCUGCUGUUACUGAUUGGUGCUAAUUCAUGAACAUUUUGUUGAUUUUUAACACUUUUUUUUUCCCCAUUUUGAAUCGUUGAUGGACGCCGACCUGACAUCUACGACCAAUCAUUUGGCCUUUCCACCCCCUUUUUUGGUGAGCACCCAUCUACAGCAGGGUCGUGUAAUUUCGAUCCUCCGGCAAUUAUGGAUUCCAUAUGUGCAGUUGCUGUAUGCCUGUGCAUGGAUUGUCAUACUGUCCCAGCUUCAAGUAAAUUCCUCAGGCUAUUUUCUAUCUGCAUACGAGCAUGACUGCUCAAGUGUCAUGCUGGUUGCGUGCCCCGGAAGGCUCUUUCUGACUCAGAAGAUGAUAUGCUGAUUGGCUUAAAUGUCAUUGGAUCGGGCCCUACUCCUAUUCAGAUUGUUCUACACCAUUUAGGCGAAUGUGAUCAGGCCGAGUGUCAUUGGCCUGCCUUCAUACAAGAGUCACUCUGUACAGAAGGCACUGCUCCUUGAAUCAAAAUCUGAUAUGUAUUGUCAGUUCUUUUCUGUACACCAUAUAUCAACCCUAGUCUUGUAGUGUUUUAUUAUGUAUGUGUUACAAUUACAUGAAAACUUGUGGCAGAUUCUGUAUUGUAUUUUUGUAUUGAUUUUGGACUGGUUAUGAUGGAAGAAGAAACAUUUCUAGGGGCAA